AUGAUGUCUCCUGCCCUGUGCGCUCCCGUUGCUGUGGCUAGUCACCCGGCCGCGCUUGAUCACGUCCAGAAGUAUACCGUAUCCCGCAAACCCAACACAACAAACUACACGCUCGACAACCUGGCAGAAGAUAUCAAGCAGUACCUGGGGAGUUCCGGUAUCGACGACGACCAUGUCGACCCGGCGGUCCUCAUGGGCUUCAUGUCCAAGUACACAUCCAGCAGUGCCGACUGGGCGCGAUACAUGCGCAAUGACCCGAGCAAGAACUAUACCCGGAACCUGGUGGCCGAUAUCAGCGGGCGUGCGAAUCUACUGCUGUUAGUCUGGAACCCCGAGAAGGGAUCACCCAUCCACGACCACGCCAACGCGCACUGUAUCAUGAAGAUCCUCGAUGGGGAACUCAACGAAUCGGUCUACUACACUCCCACAGCGGAGGACCAGGACUCGCCCCUGAAGAUCAAGACGAAUACGACGUAUCAGCCUAACGAGGUGGCCUAUAUCAGUGAUCAGAUUGGGCUGCACCGCGUUGUUAACCCGGCCAAAGACCGGCUGGCGGUUUCGUUGCAUUGUACGUUCAUGAUCAUGGCAUUUUGGCGAGUUUGGACUAACGAACAACGCUUAGUGUAUACGCCUCCGAACGCAGCGGACUUUGGAUACAAUAUCUACGAUCCAAUAACCGGAAAAUCCAGUCAUGUCUUCCAGGCGUAG